UUUUGGGCCUCUUGUUAUUCUGCAUGACGAAACUGCAUAUGCCGUUUCCUUUUCCAUCUCGCUCCCCAUUUUCCUAUCGCCCCUUGGCAAUGUCAUUAGGGUUUCGAAGAUGUCGAUCUCUCUCUCUCGUUUGGAAUAAUUUUCUUGGCAGGGUAGGAUGCAUAUAGUUUCCAUAGCAGCUACUGAAUUUUGGAGUAUUUGCGCGAGCUAUGUCGGAGCCCCGGGUCACCAUCACCCUGGGGCGCACUGGUCAGAAGGUGGUGAAGAGGCCAGGAACGAUAUCAGAUGGUGUUCGUGCUGACUCUCGGCUUUUAUCGGGGAGCAAAAGAUCUUUAAGGGAGAGAUUGGGGAACAAUGUGGACAGUUCGUUGUCAUUGAACAAGAGGCACCGGGGGGAUGGUAUGAAAUGGAGUCCUAGUGACCAUGGACGGAAUGAUGCUCGGGUUGGUCGAAAUGACCUUCGACUGAAGUUGAUGCAGAGAAGGCUUUCUAGGCAGACAGAGAGUGAUGUUGAAGAGCAUAGAAGGAUAGAGCGACGUGAAAAGAUAUUGAGAACUGAUCGUCCUCCCAUGCGAUUUAAUAUGAUGCAACAAAUGCCUGAAAGAAAGGAAGGAACAUUUUUCAGGCGAUUACCUCGAACUGAGAGCGCUGAUGAUUUGCUCCUAGGGCAGCCGAUGAGAAAAUCAAGCACUUUGUGGACUGCGGAUGGAUUAAGACAUAGGUCCCCAGAUAGAAUCUUUAGGACUUCCAGGGGCCUCUCACCACCAAGAAAUGUUGGUCAGCUGCGGCAAAUGCCAUCAGUAAGGUCAAUUGAUGCUUCUAGAAGUGGACGAUUUUUGAGCAAUGAUGUUCUUAAUCCUUCUAGGUCAACAGGCCCUGCACCUAUUACAAUGAAAGCUACCUCUGAAUAUGCCAAGCCAAUUGCACAACCUAUGCCUAUGCGUGGCAUUGUGCAUAAAAAUUCAUAUAUGGGUGAGGAACCAGCAACUGUUUCUGGCCUGUUGCAUUCACUUGGUUUGGAAAAGUAUGCGAUUUCAUUUCAGGCUGAGGAGGUGGAUAUGACUGCAUUGAGGCAGAUGGGAGAUAAAGACCUGAAGGAGUUGGGGAUACCAAUGGGACCAAGGAAGAAGAUUCUACUCGCCCUUUUGCCCCGCUCUAAGCGUCAACCGCCUUAACUAGCCCAUAGUACUGGCUGCAUUGUAGAGUGAUUAGCUAGUGUUACUUUUUGAGGGAGUACGGAUGAUGAAUAUUGUUUGUCAAAAAUAUUAUUUAUCUAAUUAGCGGUUUGUUCAUGGUAGACUCGAGCGAGUCGGGAAGUGUGUGUCGUUUGUAUCAGUUGAGAAAGGAACUCCUUUUUUACAUUGCGGGAAAAUGCUUUUCAUUCAAGGGAGUGGAUGUUCACUUACCCGUUGCAUUAACGCCUUGGAGUUGAUCCGAGGAAGACUUAGACAAAUUUCAGUGGAAUGAAUGCGGUAUUUGUACAUAAAAUGCUGUAUUUGUACAUAAAGGUGUCUUCCUUUUUAGAGCUAUUGUUUUUUGGCUCUCUAAACAUUUGGAAUUAACGGUGAACUUAUUAGCUGUGGUAUUGUACUGCACCACGUCCACAUUGUACGAGGCUUACAUAGGCAAAACAAUGUAGUCCCCCAAAUUAAUACUAGUACUGCAAUGGUAAUGCAAAGUUUAUUUUUU